AUGAUUCUGUUUCCUGUACUGCUCGCAGCAAUAAUCCCAGUCUGCUAUAGACAAGCCAUGGCUGGAAAAGUUGUGACGACAGUCGUCCGAGUCGGCGAUAUAUCGUACUAUAUGCACCCGCUAGCCCUUUCUAAUGCUCAACGUGGCUUACUGGCAUUCGACCGUGAUACGCUUGCUGAAGCGUGCACCAUGCUCACGAUUUACGGUCAAUUUCCCACCACGAGUGAGCUCCAGACCAUUCUGGAUGACUUCGAGACCAAGGAUGACGUUUGGACGCGGGAUUUCAUUGGGACCAUAGUCAUCCAGACGCCCGAAAUUGAUCGCAAACUCACGGAGGACGAAAUGAACAUUGUUCGUAGCCUUGGGGCUAGCGACAUACGUUUAUUCCUCAAUGGCGUGCCGGGAGCCCAGCUUCCUCAGGGUCCUUAUUUUCUGCAUUACGGCCAGCUUCACCAAGCCUACCGACUGUAUCCAGAUACUGCAGAUGCUUUUAUAGUUUCUACAAUUCUAGAUCAUCUUGAUGGCUUUCGAUCUCUGGAUGCUUCUGCGUACGGAGAACAAUUUCCAUCCGCCCUCACUGUCGCCGUACCCUCUCGUCUAUACUAUACCAAAUCAAGUGAGAAGCCGUACGCGGGCCUGCGCAUAGCCAUAAAAGACAUUAUAGACUUGAAAGGGCUCAAGACAGGAGCGUCUUCGCGCGCACUCGGAAUGGCCAACUAG